GAGCGCGGCCUUGGCAAUGUUAUUCUUGCGCGGUGGCCGGUGCGUCACUCGUGUUCAUGAAACCUGUGUACUGUGUAACAACUGUAGUGAAAUAUCUUUAGAUAUUGUGCAAAAAUUAUAUAACUUAAAUAGUUAAAGUAAGCUAGAUAAUACUAACGCAUAUUCAAAUAUACGUUGAGUGAAAUAUCUACCCACACUAACUCGUGACAGUUCGAUAAAACUUUUAACCUCUCUGCAAUUUUGACAUGUAGCGGAAUUGAAAACAAGACAAGUGAAUCGUUAAAUUAUUUUUUCAAAGUGAUAUCUGUUUUGACUUUAUCUUCCUGUGACCGGAAUCAUGGCUAGGCGCUUGUUAUGCCGCAUGAUUUUGAACUCUAAUACGACGUCGAUAAAAUCGUCGUUGCCUGUACUUGGUAAAAAAUUGCAUAGUCAGGUACCAACUAAAGAAAUCCAGAUUCCUGUUAAGUUUGGCCACAUUGCGGGCAAGCUAUGGGGCAACAGUAGUGAGCGACCUAUACUGGCAUUACACGGAUGGCAAGACAAUGCGGGCACCUGGGACCCUCUGAUCCCCAUGAUCAUCAAAGACAGACCGAUAUUAGCAUUAGACUUUCCUGGACACGGAUUUUCGUCGUGGAUUCCUCCUGAUAUGCAGUACUACCAGUGGGAAUUACCGAGAAUUAUUUUAUAUCUGAAAGAAUACUUCAAAAUGGAGAAAGUAUCAAUAUUGUCUCAUUCUAUGGGAGCAAUAGCAUCCAUGCGUUUUGCGUCUGUGUUCCCAGAUGACGUCGAUUUUUACAUUGCUGUGGACAGCCUUAUUUAUGACGACUACGAUUUAGAUGCAGUAGUAGGUAAAAUUCCUACAACAUUGAAAAAAGCUUUAAUCGCACAGACGCGACUAAAUGACGAGCCACCGGCAUACAGUUUAGAGGAAAUGACCAAAAUAUGGCAUUUGGGUACGAGGAAGUCUGUGGCUUUGGAAAGUGUUCAGCAUUUACUGAAAAGGGGAAUAAAACCAUCAAAAGCCGAUCCCAAUAAGUAUUAUUUCUCCCGUGACUCAAGACUAAAGUACACAUUGUUCAAUCCAGAGGACAAAAAAUUCGUUGAAGCCCUAGUGAGGAGACUGAAAUGUCCGACAUUGUAUAUCAAAGCUAUAGACUCUCCCUAUUCUUCUGACGCAUAUUCUAUAGAAAUGCGCGAAAUAUUAGAACAAAACAAUGAAAAUUAUGAAUUCCAUUUUGUACCUGGUACACAUCACGUUCACUUAAAUAAUCCCGAAUUAGUAGCACCUCUUAUUAAAAAUUUCAUUCAAAAUCAUAAUCUAAGUCUUUAAGUGAACAAAUCGAACAAUUCAUUUAUGAAACAUUAAAGACAAGGUUCAGUAUUGUGUUUAAAAACUUACUCAAAUACGUUUUUGUUCUGUAAGAUUGUUUUUAUUGUGUGAAUAUUGCACAAAUUAAUUUUAUAUGCAUUUUUUCAAGCAUUAUUAUAAGUUUUCAUGAAACAUUUUGAUAUUCAUGUUGCUGAGGAAUGUUGUAUCCGUACAAUCUACUUACGAAUGAUAAAUAUUACUAAAUACAAUACACUAGUCACAUUUGUUGUUACAUUUAAAAUAAAUACUAUAUAGAUAUGUUGUAUAUAAAUAAGUUUAAUAUUCUUUACACAGGUAAACAUAAAAAAGUCAUAAUUAUUCAUAAAAGCUACAGAUAUAAUUUAUACUUCAAGUAGAAAUUAAUUUGAAGCUUCACUUGUACAUGAAAUGUCUAAACUGGAAUUACUAACACUGUCACAGACAUGUGCACCUUUUCUUAGAGGCAGAACUUUCAGUAGUGCAUCUUGCCACGGCACUCCUUCGCAUACUCGUAGGACAAUCUCAAACACUAAAAGAACAAAGAUAUUAUUUUAUAAUAUGUGUCGUCGUUGUUUAGGUUUAUAAGACAAAUUAGUAUUUACAGUCUACAAAAUAAGUUGUUAUUUACCAUGAUCAAUUGUUAGCACUUUUCUAGUUUUCAUAUUGAUGUAUUUAUCCAGUGGUAGUUGUCCAUGCCUAAUACCUUGCUCCAUUGCUAUUUUAUGGCAGAGACCCUGAAAAACAUUAUUUUAUGUUUAGUCAAUAAGUACAACCACAUAAGUGAAUCCACUAUAAGAUAAAACAAGAUGUGAUGUAUUAUUUUGUUGUGUGUGGGUCCCAUAUUGCAGUAGACAAGAGGUGUAAUACAUUUUCUGUGUGAGUUACUGUUAGGAAGUCAAGGCACCUCAUCACACAGGUACUAGGUUAGGCAUAGGUCUACGUUUACUACUAAAUGGAGUCAAAUAAUAAGCAUCACAGUUAUGCAAUGCCAUACAAAUUAGUGUCAAAGAAAAUAGUUACCAGACUAACAAUAACAAUUUAUGAGUUAAUGAAAUUAACUUUAAACUAAUUUAUAAUAAUGACUUUUUGUACAGAUAUUUAUGUAUAUAGCUGGUCACUGAAAAAUGUAUGAUGUUACUAAUUUAAUUCUUUUUUCAAAAAGAAAAAGGAGUGUGUAAACUUAGUAUUGAUUUUGUAUCUUUCAACCUCAUAAUACCGUAUUGCAGAGUUUUUACUUAUCUUCAUAACAAAGGGCUAUAUGUUCUGCUUAAAACUUUGAAUGUUAGAUUUAAGUUAAUAGUACUUAGUUUA